GGAACCCCAUAAGAAAAAACAGAAAAUAAACAAGGCUCCCUUUGUUUUUCAUUUUAAUUUUUGUGUUCAAAAUUUUGAUUUUGUUUGGUUGCUUUUUUCCGAGUAUACAUCCGUUGGUUCUCCACGGAGCAUUGAGAAGCACUGGGUUCUUGACGACGUUUCGCCAUAAUCGCAUUUGGCAUUUUCAAAUCUUCUUCCUUCUCGGUUGGUGUCCUGAAUCCGACAAUUUUGACUUUGUGGGCACAAAACUAAUAAGGAAAUUCCUGGAUCCCAAAGCUUAUAAGGAGACGUUUUUCCCAAAUAACCAAAAUUAAAACUCGUACAGCCAUGGAGAGCUUAGGAGAUAGAGUUUAUGCUGCUGAGAGAAUUAUGAAGAAGAGGGUUCGCAAGGGAGUAGUUGAAUAUUAUGUAAAAUGGAAAGGCUGGAGUCAAAGACAUAACACUUGGGAGCCUGAAGAAAAUAUUUUAGAUGGAAGACUUAUAGAGCAGUUUGAACAGUCUCAGAGAUCUGAGGGUGGAACCAAAGGGCGGCCAAAGAAGAAAGACAGAAAAGGACCCAUAAAGGAAAUUGAGACAGAAGAUGAGGGAAGAAGCGGUGAUGAGAGCCAAGAUGAAGGUCCUCCAACAGAACCUGUAGAAGAAAAGGAAAAAAAUAGAAAUGAAAAAAACGAAGAGAAAGAAAUAAUCUGUGAUAACAAGACAGAAGAAAAGGGAUCAAAACCAUCCAAGGAGGUGAAGCCGUCUCUUGAUAUCGAUACUACAAUUAGUCCACCAGAAACUGAAGAAAAGCUUUCCAAAUUGAUAAAAGAAGGAGAGGAAGUUCCCUUACCACCUCGUUUGGAUGUUGGUACAAAAAGGAAAGCCGAGGUUCUUUCAAAAGAAAGUGGCAAAAUAGGUGUUACGAUAACUACUAGUAGCUUGAUCACUGAAAAUGCUCCUCCAGCUAAGUCUUCGAAAUUCACAUUGAAGCAACACAUCACAGAGUCUCCAAAAUCUCAGCCCAAACAACCUGUUAAGCCUGAAGAGGAUUUACCUGCUACAACUACAGUGAUUCCAGCUACAGCUAGUCCUACAAUUUUGACGGCCACAGCUCCAAUAUCUAAUCAGGAGAAAACACAAUCGUCAGAUAACAAGACAAUCACAGAUGCUGCAUUGCCACACGUAUCAACAGAAGAGGCAGCUUCUCCCGCUGAGACCGAAAAACGACCAGAAAAAAUGGAGAUUAAACCAGAAAAGAAGCAACCUAAACAAUCUCGGAAUACCUACAAUGACGAAAAUGAGUAUGAAGAAUUCACCAGUCCUGGUUCUGAGUAUUGGUUGGCAAGGAAUCCAGUGGCAAAUCAAGUAUUUAUCACUGAUGUAAGUGUCAAUUCAAAAAGUGUCACAAUUAGGGAAUGUAAGACGGAAAAAGGUUUUUUCAAAGAUAGGGCAGACAAAAGUAAACAAGCAAAUGUGGAAGCUUAGUUAAGCAUAAUUUUCUAUUGUUAUUAUUUUUAUUUAUUUUUUAGAUGCAUAUUUCUAAGUGAACUCAUGAAAUUACUUUAACCACUGAUAUUGUAAGUUUGUGCUAUUGGGUCACUUGCAACAGAUCUAAAAUGAACCAUUUAUCACAAAGGACAUUUAAUAUUACAUAUAUCUCACGCGUGUCAGUGUUGUAACUGUCAAAAUAACGUAAAAUUCGAACAUAAAAGCACCAAAUAUCCUUUCCCUGGGUUAACCAUCAAUAAGAAAACAGGAGUAGAGGUGGUGUUGUAUUGUUUAACAUAAGUUUUGUAACUAUAGCCUGCAUACUCAUCAUUUGAGCCUUGUAAAUAUUUCAAUAUCGAAAUAGCUUUGGAGUUGUCCGAUCAACACUGAGGUUGAGCUGAGCUUUUUCAAAUUACACUGACCGUUAAAAGUUCAGGAGUCCUUCUAAUAACUUUAAACUAUAUAUUUUAUUUUUUAUCCUGGUUUAUCGAGUUUAAGUAAGGUUAGUGACACUGAACCUGUUUUACAUUAUAGGUAACUCCUAAUUCAAUUAUACAUACAAUAAUUUUUCAGGUCAUUCCCUUCAGUUUUCUUUUGUUACGUUCUAUUCAUUUUUGAUAUAGAGGGCUUUUUUCAUAAAAAUUUUUUGGUCAAAUGUUCAGUUAUAAGCAAAUUCUUAUGCCAAAUUAUGAAUUUUUCAAAGGAAAUUGAAAGUUUUUAGAUUUCAACUAUUUUAUUGGAUGUCAGCAUCAAAAAAAAAAAUAAAAAAUUAGAAACUUUCUUGUUUCCCUCCAAAAUUUGUAAUAGGUUUCCAUCAAGUAUCUAUAGGCUAAAUCAGUCUCACCUAAUUAUUAUAUUUAAAAACGAUUAUUUUGUUACGACUAGUUAAUUAAAUAUCAUAUUCUGGCAUAACAGCGAUUCUGUUGAUAUUCAAAACCAGGUGAUGUGUCUCCCUUGAAAUUGGUAAAAUAUUUAUAAACAGGGAAACAGCAUCUAUAAUUAUUAUCAUUGUUUGACUAUGAAAUGGAAAGUAACUAACGAACUCUUAAGAGUCUCUCUCUUAAUAAUUGUCUUAUAGUUUUUUUGAGUUUCAACUGUAGUUUGUCACACUAUUUUAUAUUUGCUUCAUAUAGAUAAUAUUAUAAGCUAUUUUAUCUUGAAACAAUAAAUACAAAUUAAUUGAUAUAAUAAUUAUUAAACCAAAUGAUAUUUUAUGGUAUUAUGGCAGUUAAAAGUUAAUUGGACCCAAUUGUUUUGUAAUUGCUCACAUAAUUUUCUGCAAAAAAUAUUUUAUAUUUAUACACAUUAUUCAUAUAGGUAUGUAUAUUUUUACAAUUUUACUCUCUUCAUUUUAAAAUGUUUGUCUUUUUUUUUAAAUUAUUUAUUUUUGUAAUUUUAAUUGAUAUUUUCAAUAGAUAUUUUAGCGAUAAUUUACCUAAGCGUAAUAAUCGUUAUAUUUUUAAUUGCUGCCAAUUUUUUUAUUAGGUACUUAUAUGUAUUCAAUACACAAUACACACUGUAGGUAUAUAAUUUUAUGAAUUUUACUGUUUUUACUUUUUGUGUAGGGAUUUUUUUUUCUAGGUAUUUAUUUUUGUAAUUUUAAAGGAGCUAUUUUUUCAAUAUUUAAUUUACCAAUAUGCAGUUCAAAUAAAUUUGCUACAUAGAUAUUGAACCUAUUUUAUCUUGAAACAAUACAUAAAAAUUAUUUGAUUGUACAGGGCUUGUUUCUUUUUAAGGAACAGACCUUGUACAAAACAAGACACUGUAUUUUAUGUUAUUAUGAGGGUUGUAAAAAUUGUUUUGUAAUUGCUCAAAUAAUUUAAAAAAAGAUAUAUUUAUACACAUUCUCUUUAUUUUUACAAUUUCACUCCUCUUAUUUUGAAAUGUACAUAUUAUAUGUCUUGAGAAUAUUUAUUUUUGUAAUUUUAAGUGCUAUUUUUAAUAUUUUAUUUUAGCAAUAAUUGAAGCUGAAUAAUUGUUGUUGAUUGCUGCCAAUUUUUUUUAUUAGUCUAUAUUUAUACACCUUGUAUAUAGUUUUAUCAAUUUUACUGUUUGUAUAUGUAUGUCCUCUUGAACUAUUUAUUUUUUUAAUUUUAAAAGUUUUUUUUUUGAAAUUAAAUUUAGUAAUAAUUUAAAUAAAUUUUUUGUAUUAUUUUAAGGAUAGUUUCUAGGUUUUUGGUAAGUAAUUAAUUGAAACAAAAAGUUUUCUAACAUAAAUAAGUAUAUUUCAAAGCUUAAUUCAAGUUAUGUUAAAAAUCAUCUUAAAAUGGCAACAAUAUUUUCUUUAUUCAAUAUAUUUAUUCAAACAAUUAACUAAUAUUAGAAUUGGAAUGGUACAAAAAUCAUUUCUUAAAAUAACAUAUUUAAAAAUGAAGGAAUAUGAUGAAUAAACUAAUUUCCUCGCAGGGAUUUUGAUGCCUGUAGAUUGUUGCAAAAUUUGGUGUGCAAAUAUUACAUAUUUGAGUUUAUAAUUUAUUGAGAAGUCGUUAAAUAAAUUCACCGUGUCUUGUACCAGAAAUAUAAUGAUUAUGUAUUGAUGAAAUAUGGUAAGAUUUUCCUCAAUAAAAGAUUUGGCAGGCUACCCUGGAAUUUAUCCGUAAGCUUGAGGUCCCAACGUCCAAAUUCUUCCAAGGAAGCCCGUCUACAGUCAAUUCAAUGGUUUUAAUGACCGACGGUUUAAUCGAACUGUUACCCCGUUUUUGAAAUUCCUGUAUUGGAUGAUGAGUUAAACCACAUUCUACGAGAAAAUCGAAUACUUUGUCGGUUCUCAAGACUAUCAAUGGUAAAUCCACAUUUACCAUGCUAUUAUUCUAAUCAUAUAAUCAAAAUUUCAGGUCACUACUCACUUCUCCAUAUUGUGAUCACGAGUCCUUCAAUGUUGGGAUCGAAGUAGUUUCUUCCAAGCAGUUGGAAGUUUAUUAUAAUGGGCUGUUUCACUAAUUUUUGAAAUUGGCAUAAUUGGAUAAAGCAAAAUUUGUAAUAGAUAAAAAAUGUUGGCAAAAUACCAUGAAAAAUAGUUAAAUUAAUUAAUUAUGGAUUCAAGAUUUAAUAUUUUUUUUUUUUUUUUAAUUAUGCUUUAACACAAUUUAAAUUUAUUUUUUAUAUUUAUCUUUUUUUUUUUUUUUACGUCGGACUAUAUUUAGUCACAACCGACAACAGCGCAUUCGAACCUUUUAUUAGACAGCAACACAGCCGAGCCGGUCAGCUGCUCGCAAACGAAAAUUGUUCGUAUGGCGUCAUCAGUUGACGCGUUUUAAUCGUUUUGAAUUUGGCCAGUUUUGAAGUGCCUGGAAAGAACUUAUUUAACAUUGUAGAUCUUUUUUUUUUUUGGUAUAUAUGCCUAAAAUAGUCCCUGGCUUAAGGAUUUUACACUUAAAUUACGUAGUUAAAUUCUAGUGAAACAGUCCAUUGAUCAGAUAUAUAAAUUAUACCCAAUUCGCCCACUUAUUUUUUUCAUAAAACUGCAUCAUGUUGCUUCCGGGAAACAUUUUUAUUUGGAGACAAAUCAGCAUCAAAGAGCUGAGCUGUGUCUCCUAGAUUCAUUCAACGCAUGAGCUGAGCAAGCAAGAUGGGGCUGUUUUAUUUGGUUUGCCAAGGGGCUAAUAUCGAGAUAUCAUGUUAUUAUUGUCUAUACCAAUCGUUUCUGAUUUUUGUUACAAGACAUAUAGAGCACCAAGUAAAUAUUGUGUCCUAAACGACUAGAAAAUUAUAUAAAUUAUUAAUGGAUUACUAUAUCCUAAUCUUUGGUAUUACCCAGACAUAUUCACCACACCAAUAUAUUUUGCAAAAUUUACCUCUCAAACUCGCAAAUCUCAACAAUGAGAGAAUUCAAUCAAAAUCCAAGUCCAAUAUAUUAACAAACUCCUUGAAAUGAUUUUUUCAUCAUACUAACAUAAAAACUUAAUCUCAAUUAAUUAAUAAUCAGGCUAAUAUUGCACAAUGUUUAUCUUUAUCAUUACAAAAAUAUAUUUUUUGUUGUCAAAACAUCUUGCCCAAUAAACGUUUUUCUCUAGACUGAAUUAUAUUUUUAUCGUCUUCAUAGAAAAAACCCUAAGUUUUAAAGUUCUUGCAAACCCAAUUCGACUAAUAACAGCUUAAUUAGAGACCAGGUUUAUUUAUUUGACUAUAGAAAAACUCUUGCUGAUCAAAUGGAUAAUAUGGAUCACUCAAAGCAAGUAACUUUCAGAAAUGACUGGCCAUCUGUGAGAUAGAUAAUCUGAGCAUUUUAUUUCGGAAUUUACGAAGAAUCACUGCACUGUGCAGUCAGGUUGCUCGAGGCCAAAUCAUUUGGUGAUGCUUUUAAUUUUAAUUUUGCUCAAGUUUUUUGUUUGCUGCUUCAGUUUUCAUUAUUUUUUUUUUUUGUAAUUUCAAUUCAAGAAAUAGCAUGAAUAUUUCUUCCAAUCAAUUUGCCAGCCCGUCACCUGUUACAGCCUAAUAUUUUUUCAAUUGGGUGUGCAAGAACUUUACAUAUUUACAUAAUUUUAAUGAUGAAAUAAAAGGCGAGAAAUAAUAUUAUAAUUGUUUAUAUGUACUUCACUGAGCUUACCUUUCUUCUCUUGCCAUUGAAUCUCUAUAGAUAAUUAUAAUGAAAUAAUUUAGAAAGGGGCAUGUUGCACUGCAGUAAUAAAGUAUUUUGCACAUGAACAUACAAGCAUUUAUUUUUAUUUGAAUAUGUAAUUUUUGAUAUUUUAUAUGGAUAGCUGACUGACUAGAGACUUAUUUCUAUUUAUCUUUGAGAAAAAAAAAAACUUCCUGGAUCAACCAAUUAUUGUUCAGUUCUUUUGAAUGAUGAGGGCAAUAAUUUCCAAGGUGCUAACAAAUUAAACUCGUGCCAAUUAUAAAUUAACUGCAGUGCCAAUAAUUUAAAAAAUGAGAAGUGCCUUCCUAAGAAAUUCAACCAGUGUAAAUAAUUAAACAGAAAGAUUUCGCACAAAUUAUUUUUUAGUUUUUUUUUUAUUAUUUGAAACAAGAAUAAAAUAUAACAUUACUUGAAAUGACAAUUUUAUUGGGUGUUUUUACCCAAUAUAUUAAUUAGAAAAUUUAAAUUUGAACAGUAGCAGGUAUUUCAACAAAAGAACUGUAACGAUUAAUUUUGCGACCUUUCAAAAGCCUAAUGUUCUCGCUCAAUGAAGGACGUUUAGAGAACAAGUCGACUAGAGGUUGAGCGUUCAGAAUCGAAGCCAGGAACUGUUGAACUGUGAUGUACCAUUGGAUUUCUGUUUUUGGCGUAGAAGGAUUGCCGUUUUUGUCUGG